AUGAGCGAAAACGGAGAUGAAGCUGAAAAAACUCUCCGUGAGUGGGUAACACAAGAGGUUACCCAACAGCCCUUGUGUAUCACCUUUCCAGAAGCUCGAAAUUUUGAGCUCAAAUCCGGUUUAAUCCAUCCGUUGCCCCCAUUUCGAGGCCUUGAGAAUGAAGAUCCUCAUAAAUUUCUCAAGCAAUUUCAUGUUGUCUUCUCUGGAAUGAAACACCAUGGAGUUACUAAAGACCAUAUCAAACUCAGGGCGUUCCCCUUCUCAGUUCAAGAUGCAACAAAGGAGUGGUUAUAUGUCCUUCCACCUGGUUCAAUAACAAGCUGGAAUGAACUCGCCAAGCUCUUCCUCGAAAAAUAUUUUCCCGAGGCGAAAGUAUCAAAUCUACGAAGAGGGAUUUUGGGUAUAAAGCAAGGCAAAAGAGAAGCUCUCCACACUUAUUGGGAGCAAUUCAAGAAGUUGUUAGUCCGAAGCCCACAACAUGGCAUUAGUGAUUAUCAGCUAUAUUAG